CAACAUUUGAAAAUACAAUCAUGUGGUUUAAAAAAGUUAGGUGAAUUUAGUUUUGUAAAUGUUUAACAUUGUAAUUAAUCAUACGCAUGGGUUUGCAACCAGGAUACCAAUAUCCACUGGAUAUUGUUCCAGGUUUAUACUAUUGAUUUAAAAGAUGGCGACACUUAUAUAAAAAUAAAUGUAUCAUGUAAUACAAACAACUUUGCCAUCUUUCAAUGAAAUUGAUAAAAACUUGAUAAAAAAGCUUGACAGGUCGAAAAUAUUUUUUAAAUAAUUUAUUGUAAGCUUUGAUGUGGUCCAUUAUAUUUGAGCUGUUGUUGUUGACAAACAUUCUUACUUCAAUGCACACUACUCUGAAGGCUACACAAGUUUCAUUGGAUGCUUUACAACGUACAAAUGAUGCCCUUCAGUCCACUAACACAGAUCUAGUGAAGCAGCUUGCUUCUAAGACAGCUGACUGUAUUGAACUUAACAAGGAAAACAUGCAGCUCCGUAACCGUUUACUUGUUGCAGAUCAGCCUUCAACGAAACAGGACGCACGCUGCCAGAAAUCUCUACUCAUUGGUUCGUCCAUUGUGAGAGAUGUUGAUGAGACCAGAUUAUUAGACACUGAAGUGAUAAGUAUCAGCGGUGGCAAAAUUGCUGAUGCUAACCGUACAAUUGCCGAAAAAUCUGGUUCCUAUAAAUCUAUCAUACUACAAGUAGGAAGCAACGAUUGUGCCAAAUGUGAGGACCUGGAUAAAAUAGCUGAGGACUACAAAAUGCUUGUAAAGGGCGCUAAACAACGCACCAACAAUGUCAUCAUAUCCAGUAUUACACCACGUACAGACAAUGACACUGCCCAAGCAACAAUCGAUCUAAUAAAUGCAGGUCUAGUAACAAUUGCCGAGGACGAGAAUUGUACCUUCGUAAAUAAUGACCUUGAUUUCAAGCUCCGUGAUGGGACUGUUAAUGCAGGAUACCUGCUGCCAGAUGGACUUCAUUUGUCUGAUGCAGGGACAAAUCGUCUUGGGGUUAAUCUCAAGCUUAACACUAACUUGAAAUCUGUCGCUAAGCCUAGGAAUAGGAGGAGGAAUAAGCCAAAGCACAAUGCCACCAACAAAUGCUAUAGCCCCUAAUACUCCCACACCUACGCAC